AUGGCAAGACGAGCAGGUAAAUUAUAUAAACAUGAAGAAAUAAGCGCAGGGAGGGAUCGGUGGGUGUGUGUCUUGUCGGUUGCCCCAGGUGACUUAUAUGCUCUGGUGGUUCUCUCACUGCUGCAAUCUCGACUGUACUGCCGAGAGAGUGAGCACUCGCGUGGUGCGGAUACUCAAAGGGCUUUACAGCCCCGUUUGAUCGAGAAGAGUGUGCUUGCUUCUUUGAAUUAA